UAUUUACUCAAUAAACUUUUGAAUUGUCAAAAUAAAACCAAGUUAAAGUUUUACAGCCAUUCAUUUUAAAGUUUCAUUACAAAUAAAUGUUUUCUGAAAUAUUUUAGUUAAUUUGCAAAGCAAUAAUCUUAAACUAGAAGGCUAUUGCAAGAAGCAAAUAUAAUUAUCUUAAUAAUAAAUUAAUUUAAAAUUGCACUGGGUUUUACAUACAUAUAAAUGUAUUUGAAUUCAAUAAGGUUGAAAUCAUUGUGCUAGAGGGUAGAAAACAUAUUACAUGGUUGUUCAACUAAGAACUUUGGAGGAUGACAAUUUAGAUUUUAAAAUUUCUGAUAGAGAAUUACAAAUAACAGUAUUAAACAUGAUUAAAUCAUUACAUGGAGAUUUUGGAGCCGGAGCUAUUAAAACAUGUUUUAAAGUUCGCUAUUGUAAUCCAACAACAAGAAUUAUAAUUUUUAAAACCAGACAUGGUCCUCAUCAAUUUCUCUCUUCUGUUAUACCAUUUAUUAAUAAACUUCAAGAGAAACAAAUUCAAUUAUCAACACUUUAUACUGGCGCUUCCAUGUUUCAAUGUUAUAAAUUUAUUCAGAACUAUCAAAAAGAUCUUGUAAGAAAAAUAACUGAUACAAUAAGUGAGAAAACAAAAGAAAAAAUGUUAAAUAUCACUAAUGUAUUAAAUUUCUAAAUUCUCAAAAGAUAGGUUUUUUGAAUGUUUAUAAAAAAAAAUAUGAACUGGUGGAAAGGCCAAUUUGUAAAUAAUAGAUAUAUUUCAAAUACAUUUUGACAAAGUAUAAAAUAUGAAAUCAAUAUAUUCUGUAGCUUGGUGUAAGAAAGGCUAAUGAAACAUUUGGCGAAUACGAGAUUAUUUGGUCGAUGUCAUUAAAAUUUGAUUAUUUUAUUAGUAUUAAAAUGACCAUUGUCUCUGAUGCAGUAUGACCAAAAUAGAUAUGACAUUGGCCAUUUUGAAAUCAAUUAAUAAUGUUUAUAAAUAUAGUAUAAAUUCCUACCAUUAUGAUUUAUGUUCAAUUGAAUAUUAAUAUUAGGUAUUCAUAAAAAAGUUUAGUUGUUCAAUUAUAAAUUGACUAUCUUAAAUUUUAGUUUUUGGCCAAUAUUCAAACAAAAGUAAUUUUAAUUUUUUUCUGGGUGGCCAAUGUUAAAAAAAACAUCUGAAGUUAAAAACAGAAUGAGUCAUACAAUGAAAUAAAAACAAAUUUAAUUAAGUAACAGCAUUUUUAGUCCCUACUUAAAAAUUGGUCUUUCUUGUUCCAAACGAUUCACCUAUUCAGAAAAGAUUUUUUUAGUGGUUGAAUAGCUCAUUAAAAAAAUGUUAUCUAUCAUAAGCUAAUUAGUCCACGGUCAAUUUAUGUAUAAAUAUUAGCAUAGACUUGAGUCUGCAAAAAAGUUAAUUAGUACAGUUAGUAUAAACCAUACUAUGAUAGAUAUUGUAACUUAUAAGAUUGAUUAUUAUAAGUACUUCAAUAAGAACUAUGUAAAAAACAAAUUUGUAUACCCCAAUCUUAAAAAUAUCCAAUACCAUUAAAGAUUGACCCGCUUGAUAAUACAAUUAAUAGCUAAGAUUUAUAUUAGUAAGAACCAAAAUUAAGUCUUACAAUAGAGUAUUUUCUCUAAUGACAAUAUGUUGAAAAUGUCAAAUACCUACAGUUGGCGAAGUGGCUCAAAAUAAGUGGAGGAAUUCCUUUCAUAUAUUUUGAUACAGUUCUUUUAUAUGGCUUAAACAAUCGUACACCCAGGGGGUGAGUUUAACUUCUUAUUCAUUUUUUUAUAAUACAAUUUUAUACUUGAUAUAUAAUAUGCAUAUUUUUGCAUUUUACUAUAUAUUUACCUACAUUUAUUUAUUAUGUUUAUUCACUUUUGUUUGUAAAAUUAAUUAAAAAACUUACAAUUUUGAUGUUAUCUAGAAAUAGCUAAAUAUGCAAAAUAAAAAAUAUUGCAUUAAACUUCAAAUAUUAUGCUAUGAAGCAAAUUUAUAAAUUA